GGGAAGGGGCGCAAGCGCGGGCAGGAGGCAGGAGGCGGGGCGCGCUGACUGGGGUCUUCUUCGUUCUCCCAGCCCCCAGCGUACUCCACCAUGGGAGACUCGCCGACCCCAGAGGAGAAACUACAUCUCAUCACUCGCAACCUGCAGGAGGUCCUUGGUGAAGAAAAGCUGAAGGAGAUCCUGAAGGAGAGGGAACUGAAAGUUUACUGGGGGACCGCCACCACAGGCAAGCCGCAUGUGGCCUACUUUGUGCCCAUGUCAAAGAUCGCCGACUUCCUGAAAGCGGGGUGUGAGGUGACAGUCCUCUUUGCUGAUCUUCAUGCAUACCUGGACAAUAUGAAAGCUCCAUGGGAGCUCUUGGAACUACGGACCUCCUACUAUGAAAAUGUGAUCAAGGCCAUGCUGGAGAGUAUUGGGGUUUCCCUGGAGAAGCUGAAAUUUGUCAAAGGCACUGAUUACCAGCUCAGCAAGGAGUACACACUGGAUGUUUACAGACUGUCCUCGAUGGUCACCCAACAUGAUGCAAAGAAAGCUGGGGCUGAAGUAGUGAAACAGGUGGAACACCCUUUGUUGAGUGGUCUGCUCUACCCAGGACUACAGGCCCUAGAUGAGGAAUAUCUGAAAGUUGAUGCCCAGUUUGGAGGAGUUGAUCAGAGGAAGAUUUUUACCUUUGCAGAAAAGUACCUCCCAACCCUGGGCUAUUCAAAGAGGAUCCACUUGAUGAAUCCUAUGGUCCCGGGAUUGACAGGCAGUAAAAUGAGCUCUUCGGAAGAGGAGUCCAAGAUUGAUCUUCUUGAUCGGAAGGAAGAUGUGAAAAAGAAACUGAAAAAAGCCUUCUGUGAGCCAGGGAAUGUGGAAAACAACGGAGUCUUGGCCUUCAUCAGAUACGUGCUUUUCCCCCUCAAAUCAGAGUUUGUGAUCCUUCGAGACAAGAAGUGGGGUGGCAAUAAAACCUACACGGCUUACUCCGAGCUGGAAAAGGACUUUGCAGACCAGGUGGUACAUCCUGGAGAUCUGAAGAAUUCAGUUGAAGUUGCCUUGAACAAAUUGCUGGACCCCAUUCGGGAAAAGUUUAAUGCCCCUGCAUUGAAGAAACUGUCCAGUGCAGCUUACCCUGACCUGACAAAACAGAAGCCAGUGGCCAAAGGCUGUGCCAAGAACUCAGAGCCAGAGGAGGUCAUCCCUUCCCGGCUGGACAUCCGUGUGGGAAAAGUGAUCAGUGUAGAGAAGCACCCGGACGCAGACAGUCUGUACCUGGAGAAGAUUGAUGUUGGGGAGCCAGAGCCGCGGACGGUGGUGAGCGGCCUGGUUCAGUUUGUUCCCAAGGAGGAACUGCAGGACAGACUUGUGGUGGUCCUGUGCAACUUGAAACCGCAGAAAAUGAGAGGAGUGGAGUCACAAGGGAUGCUUCUCUGUGCGUCCAUGGAUGGGGCAAACCGCCAGGUGGAGCUCCUGGACCCUCCUUCCAGCUCCGCCCCUGGGGAGCGAGUGUUUGUGGAGGGCUAUGAGAAGGGCCAGCCUGAUGAGGAGCUCAAGCCCAAGAAGAAAGUCUUUGAGAAGCUGCAGGCUGACUUUAAAAUCUCCUCGGAGUGCAUUGCACAAUGGAAGCAAACCAACUUCAUGACCAAGCUGGGCUGCGUCUCUUGUAAAACACUGAAGGGAGGAAGCAUCAGCUAACUGCACAGUCGUCCCCCUCCACCCUCCCGCUCCCCAUUCUCUGGGCCACCGGGCCGUCCAAGGGUGGCUACAACAGACCGAUGCUGAGCAGAUGUGGAGCCCCUGGCUGGAGGCUGGGAGAGGCUGCCUCCCAUAAACCACAGGUGGAGCCCCCCUUCCCACUGUCUUUGCUGGGACUCGGGAGGAGGUGACAACUCUGGCUUCCUCUGUGCCAGCUGACUUAGGAACUCUUUUCCCAAAAAAUCCAGUUUCAGUGUAAUUGGGGGGGUGGGGGAGGUAUGCUGUAAUUGUUCAAAUUGGAAAAUGAUCUGUUCCUCAGCUUUCCAGUGUGGAUCCGGCAGCUGUGCUCCAGGGGCUGUGCCUCUGGCUGGAGCUCAGUGCCAGGGACAGGCUAAUUACAGCCUCUCAGGAAGUUGUGGGGUUUGGGAAGGCAAAUAUUUAAAAUAGGAAAGGAAUAAUUGUUCGAUGUUAGGGCUCCCCAAAAGAGGGAAGCAAAUAACCUGAUUUUGGCCUGUCAUCUGCCUGGCCCCUUUGCUACCUUCCUACCAAGACUCCCUGAGUGAUGCCAGGGAAACUCUUCAUCCUGUCCAGCUCUCCUCCCCACACCCUAAACCAGGUGUAUGUACUAGCAUCACACCAUGGCGAGAUGGGGGGAAGUAACUUCAUAAUCUGAAUCAUCAUCAUGAAUCAAAAUAAAGCAACUGACUGAAAGUA